GCAGGUGCGCAUCUGUCCAUCCAAAGCGGCGACCGUCAGGUGAGCAAGGUAUUCGCAGAGAGUAUUGUGUGUGCACAAGUCUGCUUUCUACAGCAUGUGACCAAGUACAACGAGGAGACCCCGCCAAGAGCAUGAACCUCGUGCUCUUCGACGACGCCCUAAAGCACAUAAUGAGGAUCUCACGCAUCAUCCAGCUGCCCUGCGCGUCGGCCAUGCUUGCGGGUGUCGGCGGCUCUGGCAAGCAAUCGCUCACUCACCUUGCCGGCUACAUCGCCCCCCACAAGCGAUUCCAGAUCACCAUCACCAAGACAUACAAAAUACUGUAUGUAGAAAGCAUGAGAGACAGAAUGUUUCUGUAUGUAUGCGGGCGGGUGCGCUGUGCGUGCAGGAGAUUUCGAGGGUCCAGUGAUUCGCAUUCUUCUGUUAAACCGGGCUACGCAGGCCGCACUGAGCUGUCCGAAGCCCCAAGGCGCUCUUAUCGGCGAGAUCAUGCUCGAAUCUUUCGACUUCUCUCGGAAGAUGGUCGCUACGUUCCGACAUCGAUCAUGACAGUCUCUUUUUUCGGUCCGGUCCCAUGGCUGGCUGCUUGUCCGCAGGAUCACUACGAUUACGGUAGCGGCGAGACAGGACCCAUAUGGCUGACCCAGGUCACAGAGACGCAUUUGUGUGUCUCUCUCCCUGUGUUGAUCUGAUGGACGAGGACAGGCUGCCGCUGCGGGCAUUGCGAGACGUCAAUAGCAUAAGUUACUCACAAGAGCGAUCUGUUCCCGGGUGUGGAGCGGCCCACGAUCGACCACGGCAGGCUGCUGGACGCCAUUCAAGAGUCGCCAAAGGCCCUCAACGUGAAGCCAGGGUAGCCAGGUCAUCCAGCUCUACGACACCAUCCAGGUGUGACACGGCCUCAUGGUUGUCGGGCACACCAGCGGUGGCAAGACCUAAAACUAUCGUAUCGAGUGCUCCAAAAGGCCUGCACCUCGGUGGAGGAAGUAGACAAGUCUCCUGUUUGGCGUGGGCCCCAAGCCAAGAAAGAUCGACCUCAGGUGGCACACUGACUACGUCGCAGCACAGCUCCCAGGCUUGAAUUUCUCUUUGAUGUAUGGAUGGAGGGAGCGAGGGAGGGAGAGAGGGAGUGUCGAUUGGAAUCCAUUUUGUGUUUGCUGGCUUCAAGCUGAAGACCCAACUCUUUUUUGCUGACCGUGUUGCCAAGGCUCACUAGCUGAGGCGUUUUCCGAGGGUCUGAUUUUGUACGUACAAUUUCUAUAUCGAUAAGAUGCCCACGGAGGAGAUUGCUGGACACGGUAGGCACACACCCAGAGCAACCAGUGCCGGAUAUCUACCCUCUCAUGUGUGUGUGUGUGUGUGUGUUUCAGAUACUGAUCAGUGACUCGUUUGUUGGAUAGGCCGCCCAUCUCGACACGGCCGCCUUGCUCGGAGGUCACCCUGGACUUCGCCAGGACCAUGAAUAAGUUCAUUUGCGAACGACACAUGUCGGAACACCCCGGUGACAUCCUGUACAAAGGGAUCGGACGACGUAAGGCACACACGACAGACACGCAAAGGGAUGUUGUCAUGUCUCUGCUGGCUGUAGGUAAGCUUAAGCGCGUUGCUUGACGAGCACAUCCUGACGUCCCAGGCGAUGAGCUCAGUCCGUUCAAGAAGCCCUUCCAGGAGGAGAUAGAGGAAUGGGCCGCCAAACUCGUGACAGUCUCAGAGGCACUCGACGAGUGGCUCAAUUGCCGGCGGUCGUGGUUCUACCUGCAGCCCAUCUUCGACUCCGACAUCAUGAAGCAGCUACCGGCCGAGGGCAAACGCUUCAAGUCCGUGGACAACCCUGGAAAUAUUCUUGAAAUUCCAAGAGGCAAACAAGAACCUCGAGAUCGUCUAGAAAGGUGCGCUACGCCCGUCGACGACGCGUCUCCGUCGAACCAACAGUUGUCUUGUUUGUCGCAUGUAUGCAGAUUUGGAUGAUUACCUGGAGACGAAGCGCAGUUAAUCAUCCAGGUAUACUUCCUGUCCAAUGAUCAGCUGCUGGAGAUCCUCUCGCAGACCAAAGACCCAACACGCGUCCAGCCGUAAGGAACACAAUCAUGACAGACACGGACCGCCGAUGCGGCCAACCAAUCAAUGUGUGUGCGGUUUCCGGAAGAGAAGAAUGAAGAACCGUGAGAGACGUCCUGUGCAAGUCAAUACUCGACUAUCCAACCAGGCCGAGGUGAUUGAUCGACGCUUGAACGGCCGGACUGGCAAAUGGUCUCAUGUCUCUGCGCUUUCCUGUUGCUUGACGUAGAGCUGAGUGGGUGUUGGUGCGGGGCAGUGUGUGUUGAAUGGAAGCCAGGUGCACUGGACGAGUGAGCUGAAGGGCCGUUCGACUCAGUCUCAAGAACCGUAAUUGCACAAAGCAGCUGUGGUUAUCACAUCACGCACACAUGCCUUUUGUCUUGUGCGCCGCAUGCAGGACGAAUGACUUUGACGUGUGUUUUGGUUUGCUUUUUGCUCAGAAUGAGAUUGCAUCCGCCUAAUUCUUUGCAAUUCUUUGCACUUCUUUGCAAUGACAUUGUGUUGGUCACAGCACACCUCACAUAAGUCG